AAGGAGACUUGUUAAUUUUGCGAUAGAACGAUUUGUGCCUCAAGAAGUAAUUUUUACACAAGAAUUCGAAUAUUUAUGGGUGAAAGUAUAUAAAUAUUUAUGUAAAGUGGAGAAUAAAAAGACUGAUUAAUUAAGGAACUAAUUUCUUUUUGAUUGGAGAAGACAAAGUAAUUAUUGUGAAAUACUUUUCAAGUUUUUUUGAAAAAUUUUGAGUCCAGGAUUUUUUAAGGUGUGAUAAAAUAAUCUGGAAGAAGAAGAGAACAAUUAAGUAGAAGACACGUUUUAUUUUCAAGGAUCGUCACGGUUGGUGGAGGGAUGCGCCCCCAUCCUUUGUGAGGUGGUCCAGCAUGAGUGAGCAAGGCGGUGGGGCACUAUCACCCCACAACCACCACCACGCCAACUACACCAACAACGCCUUCGCCUCCAAAGUGAACGGUGGGGGCGGCGGGGGUGUGACCACUGGCAGCAGCUCCUCCAGUACCGGCGGCGGUGGGGGAGGUGACAUCCAUCUCACCGAACUCUCCUCGUCCACGGCGCCCAACGGGCAUCACACGACGCACUUGACGCUUCUCAAAUCCGCUCCAGCGUCCAGUUCGCCAACCUCGAAUAACUCUAACUCCUCCGGCCUUCCUUCCCUCUUCACCUUUGGCGAGGGUGAGGGGCUUGGGUCCCGCUUAUCCGACGCCUUUUCCGAAAUCCGUUACGCCGAGUUGACCCACUGGGACUUGAACUUAUCGACAUAUCCGGGCGAAAUAAUCGGAGGUGGAGGUCCCUCCCUCACCGCCCGACUUAUCGACUCCCGCUCCCUCGACUCCACGGACCCUUACCGCCCCUGGGAAAAACCCGACCAAACCUCCUCCUCCACCACGACCCACCAGUCACCCACUUCCUCCACGUCGGCAUCCACCGUCCCCCCCUCGUCGACUCACCCCGCCCCCUCCGCCACCCCGGAGAACGGAAUCUCCUCCACCAACAACAACUCCUCCCCGUCCGACAAAAGCCCCACGACCUUGACCCCGCUGACCAACGUGUUCCCCGCGUUUGGCGACUCCUUUUCCUCCCAAAAGCUCACCCUGCCCUCGUUCCAGUCACAAUUUAACCCCUUCCUCGACCCCCCAACGACCACGAGCACGAUGCUGCUCUCCGACUCUUCCUCGACCCCGACGACCACCGCGACAUCCUCGUUGCCGUCUUUCCACACCCUCCCGGCCAACCGAGCCCCCACGGGAAACGGGCAUCACACCCUCCUCUACCAGCACCACCAAGGGAAUCCAGUCCCCCACCAGUUUUUAGAUGAUGGGCGGGGCGGUCACAUUCAGAUCUUUUCCCCGGGACAGGUCCAAUUUGGUCAGCUUAUUUCGGCUCCUCCCCAGCAGCAGCACCCGCACCAACAGCAGCAGCAGCAAGCCCUACAAUCUCCGCAUCAUAAUCCGAUGGUGAAUGGGGGUGGUGGGGGACCGACGAAUGGGCACGGACAUCACCAGCAGCAGCAGCAACAGAUACAGAUUCAGCAACAGCAGCAACAUCACUUUGCCCCGAAUGGUGGGGGAGGGGGUGGAGGAAACGUGACGUUUUCGACGCUCCAGCCGCAUCAGCAUCAUCACCUUCAGCACCAUCAGGGAGGCACGAUUCAGCUCCAAGAGUUGGUCGGGGUGCCGCACUUGUUGCAUAUUACGAAUGGGAAGGGGGGACAUAAUGGGGGAACGACGGAUGGGCUCAUUUUGCAUCAGCAUCAUGGCGGACAUGAAGGGCAGCAGCAUCACGGAGGACCCCCACCACCCCCGCCGCAUAUCAAUAUCAACAUGCCAAAGUAUCUGCAUGGCGCGGGGAUUUUGCCGGGUAACGAGCACCUCCACCCGAUCGAAACCCACCUUAUCGCCGUGAACCCGAACAUGCUUCACAACCACGGCUCUGGUCAGCUCCACCUGCACCAAGGCGGUCACCAGCUCAACCUCAACAAUGGCCACGUCGUGGGUGGUCAACAACACAGCCCGCUCGUCAAACUGGAGCAGAACCAGUGUUCCCCGGGCACGAAUAAUAAUGGGAAUGGCGUCAUGCUAAAUGGCAUUACAACCACCCCGAAACGUGUCGUGAACCGGAAGCGCAAAAACGGUGGACCUGCUUCUUCCUCCUCCGCGGGUGGGACGACGUCGUCCUCCUCCGCCCCCAUGGAACACCAAGGGCUCAACAUUAUCCAUCCGAACGACCACCUCGACCCUCAAGUCAGCUCAGUUUCUUCCACCGAUUCGGACUACCACAAUCCGCACAGGAGGCUGGGAAACCCGGGGAAUGGGAACGGGGGGAUGAACGGUGGUGGUGGCGGGAUGAAUGGAGGGGGCGGGCAUCACAACCCGCACAAUGGUGGUGGUGGUCUUCACGGGAUGGGAGGCGGUGGUGGCGGCGGGAUGGACAUCGAGUCAGGUCUCGACAAGCCGGUCAAGAAGAAGAGGAAGCGUUGCGGAGAGUGCACGGGGUGUCAGAGGAAGGACAAUUGUGGAGAUUGUGCACCCUGCAGAAAUGAUAAGAGCCACCAAAUCUGUAAAAUGCGGAGAUGUGACAAACUCACGGAAAAGAAGACGCCGAAAGUGAAGCUGAAACAGCAGCACUGACAUAAGGAGAAAGUUCUGGAGCUGGAUGAUGACACGACGCGAACGACGAUGGGAGAACAUGACGACGUUAACAAUACUUUAAAUUUUAACCAGCACCACGACGACACGACGCAGUCCUGGAGCAUGAACAUGGACAACCUGCACGAAGACGACGUCCACGUGGGGCUCGACGACUGGAUGAGAUUAGAACUCGACGUUUAGACCAAAACUUACAUAAGGAACGACGACGAUCAAAAGCAUCAUCGCCACUCCACAACUUUCUCUUUACACAAAAAUAUAGAAAUUCUAAAAUAUUUUAAAAUAUGUAUUUUAAUACUCUAUUUAAGAAUAAAAAAGAUAGUGGAGAUUGUGAAGUGUGUCUGUAAUUUAGGAUUUGAGUCUGUAAAAAUGUACAGAGUCAAAAUUUACAGUACGUCAAUUAAUCUAGAUAUGAAACAAAUUUUGUGUUUAGGUUAAGUAUUAUUCGGUUGGCAAAAAAUGUGCAAAUCUACAAUCCAGAUAUAAAUAUCUAAUAUAUGUAUUGUAAAUUUUUAUCCCAUCCAAAAAUCUAUACAACAAUAUCUGGAUUGUAGAUUUGUACAUUUUUGUAUAAUAAUUAAUCCACACAAUCAAAACCAGGCUAAUCUCGAGAUUAAUAAAUAUGUUGUAAAUUUUGACCCAAGCCAUAUUUUUACCGCUUCUGGUAGAAACGCAGAAACCGGAAAAAAAUUCAAAUCAAAAAUUACAGACACGCCUAGAAUUAUUAUCUCAUAAUUUUUGUUACGAAAUCUCUCUUUCCAAAUUUUUGUACCCCGUAAGAAAACGACUGUUUAUUAUUUUCCUACACACACACUAGUUAAGCCUUGUGCCGUUUCUUUACUUUAAUAAUUCCAAUGAGAGAAAUCUCUCAUCUCGAGUGUUAAACAUCCCGUAUUUUCGAGGGAUCUGGGAAUCUUCACGCCUUGUCAAACAAACAAAACCCACCUUUUUUACUUCACUCGACAACACAAAAAAAGUUUGGGAUCCGUUUUAUUUCAUAUUUUUAUACACACGAAGGAAGAAAUAUAAUGCUCACCACGAACAUAAAAAUUAUUGAUACUUCACACAUCACAAAAAUUUAUAAUUUUAUGAAAAUAUCAGUAUUUCAAAUUCUCAAGAAUUUACUAUAAUAACCUUUAUUUUAAUAAAAUUAAUGAUGAAUAUGUAAUUAAAUAAUUAUUAAGGAAAAAAUUAACCUGCAAAAACUGAAUGUCGUGUCUUGUCUUGUCCGUAAAAAAAUUCAUGUUUCAAUUCAAUCUAAUCUUUAAGUAGGUCCGAGUUGUCCAGCUUCAUCAGAUUUUGUGUGCUAAUUAGUUGAAAAAAGAGCGCAAGAAAUGAAUUGUUGCUUAUUUGUCGUGUAGAAUAAUUAGGUUUGGAAUUUUUGAAAUUAUUUUAGAAAAUAUUUAGCUAACUAAAAGUUAAGAUUGUAGCUUUACGUAACACAAAAAUUUGUACUGUAGCUUUAUUUAUAAUACAAAAUAUUUACAUGCAUAACCAACCCGUUGAUUUAUACAUAGAUAAAAAAGUGUAUUUUUAGGAGAAUUGUACCAAAUAUUUCUUCCUUGCUUGUAUAUUUUUAAGACAAAUAUUUCUACGUACGACGAACCACAAGAACCAAAUGAAUAGUCAAAUUGUUUAGUAUUAUUUUGUAAAAAUAAGUCAGAAAUUUUGAAAAUUUAUGAUAACUUUUCAAAACCGCAGACCGAAAAUAUUACGAUUUUGAUAACUUUCCGUAAUAUUUCACGUUAAUUUCGAUCUCUAUUUAUAAAUCUCUUUAUGUAUGUAAAUUGCUACAAAAAUAAUACGCUGCUGACAAAAAAAGUCAUCCUCAAGAAAGAUAAAAAACUUGAAUGCCAAAAAAACCUCUAAAUACAUAAAUUUCAAAAAAAACUUAUCAAGAAAACGAGAAAUAUUUACAAAAUGAAAUUAAAGCUUUUAUCAGAAUAAUUAACUAGAUUAAUAAGAAAAAAACUACAGAGAAUAAUAUCACAAAAAACCACUCAAAAAAUUCCGAAAUCCAGGGAAUGAAAAUAUAAGACUUUCUCUCAAUACCUUAAAAAACUACAUAAUUGUGAACUUAAACUUUUGUACCAAACGGUUUAAUACGAAAUUCUAUUAAAUGUGUAGAAAUUAUUGGGGAGAAAGUAUUAUUUAUUUAGCUAAAUGAAAACAAAGAAGUGUAAUUUUGUACGGGAUGAGUAAGUAAACGUAGAAAAAUGGGAUUGAUUUACUCACGAGAUAAUAAGAAAUAAUGUGUAUUUACAUAUUUACACCGGUUUAAAAAAUAUAUUUUAGUCAUAGACGGCAAAUUAUGAUGUGGUUUAUACACGGUUAAUAAUUUGAUAAAAAAAAUUGUCACCGAUUUUCUACAUAUUCAUCAACUCGGAAGACUAACCUGUAUCAAAUCACUUAAUUUAAACAUACUUUUUAAUAGUACAUUUCGACCUGGAACUGUGACAGAUUGUAAAUUACAUUACUUGCAUUGAGCCAAUUGUUUGAAAAGUAUCCUUGAAAGUUAUAUAAUUACUUUUUAAUACUAUUUAGUUUCUUGCGGGUUUGUUAAGUACAUUUUUUGCGCUGCAAAGCAAGAAAAGCAAGAAAUACGGGGUGCAAGAAACUGGGAGAAAGCGCCUUGCGUUUCUCACAGAUCAAAAUACCUGCAAAAAACCACUUCCGUUUCUUUCUUUAAGUGGUUACCUUCACCUUAAAAACACUGCUGUUUAAAUUAAUUACCACCCAGGAAUGAAUUUCUUUGCAGACGGUGAUAAAAUUUUAGGUGACAAUUUUUUAUCGGGUUAUUUUCCGUGUAUAUUUACCACAAAAUAUUGUGUAUUUUAAAACCGUGAAAGUUUUAUACCCAGUUUUUUGUACCAUAUAAAUAUAUUAAUUAUUUUGGUAAUUUUAAACACUACCAAAAAUUGACUAUUUUAUACCGUUAUUUACUUAAGUUUAAGUGGUAGUAGUAGGUAUAUUUAGUAAUGGUAGUAAUUAAGUAAAUAUCCGUAUUUUUUUCGUAUACCGUGUCCUUGUCCGUUAAUUUAAUAAGUAUUACAAUUUAUGAAAAGGGAGAGAGAAGGUUCUGUUUUUGUCAUACAAAUAUUAAAUACUUUGUAUUUACAUAUGUAUCACGUGUAUUAUUUUUAAGAGGUUGAUUUCUUUUGUAUCGAGAUAAGUAAGUGUCGAGGAGAUGAGAUAAGUAAGAAAAUUGAAAAAUAAAUAAAGCCAAAAAAUUUA